CAUGUGCGACCAGACUUGUAUUAACAGUAUAAUUAUAAUAAAAUAUCUAUAAUAUAAUAUGUACAAUUAUAUAAACUGAAUAAAAUAUAAUAUUGUUUCAGUUGACUAACAAUAAUAAUAUAGAAAAGAAAUUCUAAGAUCUAGAAGGAUUUUUAAAUCCAUAAUAGAUUAUGGAUAAUAUAUUAAAGGACGACCGUUUUGCUCAUAUUGUGAAAGAUCCAAAAUAUCGGAGAAUUCCUAAAAAUGAACGUAAAGUCAAAAUUGACAAGCGAUUCCAGUCUAUGUUUACAGAUAAAAAAUUUGCAGUAAGCUUUAAGGUCGACAAACGAGGAAGACCUUAUGUAAAAAAUAGUGCUGAAAACCUUCGAAAAUAUUAUGAUAUAUCUGAGAACGAAGACGAAUCAUCGUCAUCUGAAUCUGAUGUAGAAAAUUUGAAAGAAGAAGAAGAACAAGAAUCAAAAGUAGAAAGUAAAAAAGAAACAGUUAUAUCAGAAAAAGUAAAGAAAAAUGAUAAUAAACUGCCAGGCUUAAAGAAUAACGAAAAAGGAAAAUUGUCAAAUAAUAUUAAACAAAAGCUUAAAAAUUUAUCGGUAAAUUAUGCCCGUGGUGAAGGAGAACUUCUAUCAAGUAGUUCCGAAGAAGAUGAAAGUAUUUUAGACAGUGAGGAAGAAGAUGAGAUUUGUCACGAUUGGGGAGAAUUUGAUAAGGAUGCUGAAGAAGCCGUGGAAAGUACCCGUCGUCUAGCUGCUUGUAAUAUGGAUUGGGAUAAAAUACGUGCCGUUGAUCUAAUGGUGUCUCUCAAUUCUUUUUUGCCUGCUGGAGGAAUUAUUCUGUCAGUCACGAUUUAUCCAUCAGAUUAUGGAUUACAACGGAUGAAAGAAGAAGACGUUAAAGGACCUACCGAAUUAGUAAAUAAUUGUUUCGACGAGUUUGAAAUAGAGGAAGGUUCGAGUUAUCAAAUGGAAAAGCUGAGACAGUACCAAUUAAACAGAUUAAAAUAUUACUAUGCAGUUAUUGAAUGUGAUAGUCCUGGAACUGCGGAUAAACUUUGGAGUGAAUGUAAAAAUGUUGAAUACGAAUCUAGUGGCUUAAAAUUUGACCUUCGAUUUAUUCCAGAUGAUAUGGAAUUCGAUCAGACACCUAAAGAAGUUUGCGAGAAGUUGCCAGAUUUUGCAACUUAUCAACCAAGGACUUUUACAACUACAGCAUUGCAACAAGAAAAAGUCGAUCUAACUUGGGAUGAAACCAACGAAGAGAGAAAGGAAAUAACUAUGAAAAUAAAUUCGGGAAAACUUAAUGAAUUGAAUGACAAUCAUUUGAAAUAUUUAUUGGCAAGUGGAAGUAGCGAAGAUGAAUCUGAUGAAAAUUUGGAGAGUAAAGAACCUGAAGUUGAUGUUGAAGUGAAAAAUACUAAAGGGAGCACAAUUGACAAAUAUAAACAACUUUUAAAGUCGAUUGACGAUAAGGAGAAAGAGAAACACAAGAACGACGUGCAACUCGAAUGCACGUGGGGCUAUAAUGCAGAGGAAAGAAGUAAAGAAUUCGAAAAAGAGAAAUUACAAAAAUCCGAAAAGCUAACUCCAUUUGAAGAAUAUCUUGACAAACGAAAGGAAAAACGAAAGGCGAAAAGAAAAGCAAAAAUGGAAGAAAACACUAAGGACAAUAGUGAUUCUGAAUCUGAAGAUGAAGUACCGUCAGAUAUUGACAUGAAUGAUCCUUAUUUUGCCGAAGAAUUGAAAAAUUGUUCAAAGAAAAGUAAAAAACCGAAAAAAGAUGAAUCAAGAUUAAAUGAUAAAGACGAUGAGAAAGAUGAACUUGAAUUACUUUUAAUGGACACAAAUGAAAUUGAUAAUAGAAAACAUUUUGACAUGAAAGAAAUUGAAGAAACCAACUCAAUGUCAAAAUCAAAGAGGAAAAGACUCGAACGAAAAAAGAAGAAGAAGAAUAUUACUGACAAUGAUGACGAUUUUGAGAUGAACCUUAAUGAUGAAAGGUUCCAAGCUUUGUACACGUCACAUCAUUUCAAUAUCGAUCCUGCCGAUAAUCACUUCAGGAAAACUAAAGGAACCGAAAUUUUAAUUACUGAACAAUUAAAGAGGAGGAAUAAAAAUAAGAAUUAGAAAAAUCUUAUUAUAAUUAAAAUUGUUUCUUGUACAAUUAUUAAAUAAAUAAAUAAAACAAAUUGUUUAA